GCUCCCUGGAGCUUGUCAAUGUAAAUGUCGUGGGGUACUGCAGCAGCCUUGCCUUCUCACUCAGAGAGCGAGCUAGGUACAAGAGGGACCCUCCCAAGGGAAAAGUGGGAAGCUGCUACUGUGCUGUCAGUGUGGGGGAUUCCCACCCCAUACUGGGUAGAGCCCUUGUGAGGUGGGAGCUUUCUCUAAUCCCCGGUAGAUUAGGGAGACCAAUCCUAGAUUAACCUGGCAGGGGAUUAGAAAGGCAGUCCAGUCAGCAGUUGUCAGAAUGCACCACAGAGUGUUGGGUGGGAGUGUCUUCUGUACCACAGGGGAAGACAGAGGGGUAAGGAAGUAUAGCAGACAACAGGGCCACUCUGGCUCCUUAAGGUGGUUACCGUACAGCUCAGUUCUCUCUGCUCCUGAAGGGCAGAACUCCACCGAGGGGAAGUCCAGGGAGAAAAGGCUUCAGGGGACAGUGCAGCCUCCGCCUCAUUCAGGGUGGGCAGCUUUAAGUCAGGAUGCAGUAGCUAAAGACUGUUAGAUGAGCCACAGGAGGAAGAAAACUCAUCCCAAGGGACAAGAAACGAAGAAACACUCAGGUCCAGGAAGAGAGAGAACAACAGUGGGUGUGACCAGCAACCGAAGAGGGGAGGAGGGAGAUCUACCAACAGCUUCAGCAUGGAUGAAAUGUACCUGCUUAACGUGGAAGGAGUCAAGAAAAAGAUUUUACACGGAGGCCGUGGGGAGCUGCCGCAAUUCAAAGAUGGGAGCAAGCUCACGUUCCACUUUCAGACGCUAAAAGAUGACUUUGAGCGCACAGUGAUAGAUGACAGUCGGCAGGCUGGCAUCCCCAUGGAGAUCAUCGUGGGGAAGCUGUUCAAAAUUGAGGUGUGGGAGACCUUGCUAACCUCCAUGAGGAUCGGAGAAGUGGCAGAGUUCUGGUGUGAUGCUAUUCACACAGGUAUGUAUGCGCUGGUCUCCAAGGGCAUGAGGAGGAUUGCGGAGGGCAAGGACCCCUUGGAGGGGCAGAAGCACCGCUGUGGGAUGGGGAACAUGUUCGACUACCACAGCACGGGGUAUGCGGACCUGGAUGAGCUGCAGAGGGCCCCCCAGCCUCUCAUCUUCAUCAUGGAGCUUUUCAAAGUGGAUGAUCCCUCGUCCUAUAAACGGGACACCUGGGCCAUGAACAAAGAGGAGAAGCUGUCGGCGGUGCCCGUGUUGCACAGUGAGGGCAACCGGCUGGUCCUGCUCAAGAGGUACCAGGAAGCAGCGGUGAAGUAUCAGGAAGCAGUCAUCUGCCUGCGGAACCUCCAGGCCAAGGAGAAGCCCUGGGCUGAAGACUGGUUGAGCCUGGAGAAACUCAUCACGCCCCUGGUGCUGAAUUACUGCCAGUGUCAGCUGGAGCUGGGGGAGUACUAUGAGGUCUUAGAGCACACCACCGACCUCCUCCAGAAGAACAAUGAGAACGUGAAGGCUUACUUCAAGCGCGCAAAGGCCCAUGCCGCUGUCUGGAAUGAGGAGGCGGCGCGAGAAGACUUCCUGAGGGUGACUCAACUGGACCCGUCACUGGCAGCAGCUGUGAAGAAAGAGCUGAGGCUGUUGGGGGAGAGGAUGAGAGAAAAACUUGUGGAAGAUCGGCAGAGAUACCAGGGCCUCUUCCAGCAGCCUCAGCUCAAAGGGGCAACAGAAGGGAAGGGGCAGUGGGGAGGAGACGGGAAUGCUGGAGUUGGCAGGCAGGAGGGAGGAGAUUCUGGGGAAGGUAGAGAGGAGACAGGACUGAGAACAGAGAGCUCCACAGCCAAGGAGGAAGAACAAGACCAAGGGAUUUCUGGAGCAGAAGCGGGUACCAGAGAGACAGGACUUGGAGAAGAGAACACACAGGCAAAGAGGGAACAAGGCCUGGGAGAGUCUGGAGCAGAGACAGGACUUGGGGAAGAGAGUGCCAGAGCAGAGAGGGAAGAGCCAGGGAAAGGACCAGACCAAGGGAAUUCUGGGGUCGAUGGCGGGAUGGAGGAGACAGGAUCAGGAGAAGGGAACAUAGAAGCAGAGAGGGAAGAGCCAGGGGAAGGAACAGACCAAGGGAAUUCUAGGGUCGAUGGCGGGAUGGAGGAGACAGGAUCGGGAGAAGGGAACAUAGAAGCAGAGAGGGAAGAGCCAGGGGAAGGAACAGACCAAGGGAAUUCUGGGGUCGAUGGUGGGAUGGAGGAGACAGGAUCGGGAGAAGGGAACAUAGAAGCAGAGAGGGAAGAGCCAGGGGAAGGAACAGACCAAGGGAAUUCUGGAGUUGAUGGAGCAGGGAGAGGCCAAGGAAACUUGGGGACAGAGGAGACAGGCCUUGGAGAAGGAUUUUCCAGAGCAGAGGGAAAGAACAAGCCCAGGUGAUUGUGUGGCAGGGUCUCAUAGCAUUCAAGGUCAGAAGGGACCACUAGAGAGAGGCCUUGGAGAAGAGAAUGCCAGGGAGAGUCAUGGGGC